CACAGGAAGUUGUUCAGAAACGCUGUGAAGUUGUGACUGCUGCGAACUAACGUUAGCUAUAGACAUGAUGCCACCCAAUACAAUGUAACAGCAGUAGUUCAGCUAAUACCUAAAACAAUUUAUAAGCUGACGCUUGAGUGUCUUGAUUUCCAAAUGAACGCUGCGUAUGACCCGCAGCAUUGUUUCUGAGAGGUGCGUAGGUUGGACCUUUCAAACUGUAUGCACAGACGGCUUGACAGAAACGGGAGCAGAAGGUGUGGGUAAGACCACCCUGGUCCAGAAGGCCUGUGACGUAAUAGUGUCUUCAGGUGUGUCUGUGGAGGGCUUCUACACCCAGGAGGUCAGGGAGGGGAGGCGCAGGGUCGGUUUCGACGUUGUUACUGUGACCGGACAGAGAGGAAACUUGUCCAGAGUCAGAGAGAAGUCUGUUGCUUCACAUGGAGGGAGGGAGUACACUGUAGGACAGUAUGUAGUGGAUGUACCUUCUUUUGAGAACCUGGCUCUACCUCUCUUCAGAAACCUUGACUCUUCAUGCAGUAGCAACCAUCAGGUGUUUAUCAUUGAUGAGGUUGGUAAAAUGGAGCUGUUCAGCCAGGCGUUCAUCAGGUCAGUCAGACAGACCCUGGACUCUCCAGUCUUCUCUGUCCUGGGGACUAUACCCCUCCCUUCAGGAAAACCACUGGGUUUCGUGGAGGAGAUACGGACCAGGACGGACGUCACUGUCUUCACUGUCUCCAAGGAGAACAGAGAUGUUAUAUUACCAGAGGUUGUGUCAGCUCUAAAGGACUGCCUCAAACAAUGUGCUAAGUAGGUGGAAGUUAUCCAAGGUCAGUGGAACAUCAUGGAGGGCAUUCAGAAACACAGCAGCACUCUGAACUAGACCCUGAUGAACAAGACCGACCCUGCUGAACGAGACCGACCCUGCUGAACGAGACCGACCCUGCUGAACGAGACCGACCCUGCUGAACGAGACCGACCCUGAUGAACGAGACCGACCCUGCUGAACGAGACCGACCCUGCUGAACGAGACCGACCCUGCUGAACGAGACCGACCCUGCUGAACGAGACCGACCCUGAAGAACGAGACCGACCCUGAAGAACGAGACCGACCCUGAAGAACUAGACCGACCCUGAUUGGUGGAAGUUGGCCAGCACUCUGAACCAGACCGACCCUGAUUGGUGGAAGUUGGCCAGCACUCUGAACUAGACCGACCCUGAUUGGUGGAUGUUGGCCAGCACUCUGAACCAGACCGACCCUGAUUGGUCUAUGUUGGCCAGGACUCUGAACCAGACCAUCCCUGAUUGGUGGAUGUUGGCCAGCACUCUGAACCAGACCGACCCUGAUUGGUCUAUGUUGGCCAGGACUCUGAACCAGACCGUCCCUGAUUGGUGGAUGUUGGCCAGCACUCUGAACCAGACCGACCCUGAUUGGUGGAAGUUGGCCAGCACUCUGAACUAGACCGACCCUGAUUGGUGGAUGUUGGCCAGCACUCUGAACCAGACCGACCCUGAUUGGUCUAUGUUGGCCAGGACUCUGAACCAGACCAUCCCUGAUUGGUGGAUGUUGGCCAGCACUCUGAACCAGACCGACCCUGAUUGGUCUAUGUUGGCCAGGACUCUGAACCAGACCGUCCCUGAUUGGUGGAUGUUGGCCAGCACUCUGAACCAGACCGACCCUGAUUGGUCUAUGUUGGCCAGGACUCUGAACCAGACCGUCCCUGAUUGGUGGAUGUUGGCCUGCACUCUGAACCAGACCGACCCUGAUUGGUGGAUGUUGGCCAGGACUCUGACCUUGACCAUCCCUGAUGGAUGGAUGUUGGCCUGCACUCUGAACCAGACCGACCCUGAUGAACUAGACCGACCCUGAUGAACUAGACUGAACCUGAUGAACUAGACUGACCCUGAUGAACUAGACCGACCCUGAUGAACUAGACCGACCCUGAUGAACUAGACCGACCCUGAUGAACUAGACCGACCCUGAUGAACUAGACUGAACCUGAUGAACUAGACUGAACCUGAUGAACUAGACUGAACCUGAUGAACUAGACUGACCCUGAUGAACUAGACUGACCCUGAUGAACUAGACCGACCCUGAUGAACUAGACCGACCCUGAUGAACUAGACUGACCCUGAUGAACUAGACUGACCCUGAUGAACUAGACUGACCCUGAUGAACUAGACUGACCCUGAUGAACUAGACUGACCCUGAUGAACUAGACUGACCCUGAUGAACUAGACUGACCCUGAUGAACUAGACUGACCCUGAUGAACUAGACUGACCCUGAUGAACUAGACUGACCCUGAUGAACUAGACUGACCCUGAUGAACUAGACCGACCCUGAUGAACUAGACUGACCCUGAUGAACUAGACUGACCCUGAUGAACUAGACUGACCCUGAUGAACUAGACUGACCCUGAUGAACUAGACUGACCCUGAUGAACUAGACCGACCCUGAUGAACUAGACCGACCCUGAUGGAUGGAUGUUGGCCUGCACGCUGUACUAGACUGACCCUGAUGAACAAUACUGACCCUGAUGAACUAGACUGACCCUGAUGAACAAUACUGAUCCUGAUGAACUAGACUGACCCUGAUGAACUAGACUGACCCUGAUGAAAUAGACUGACCCUGAUGAACUAGACUGACCCUGAUGAACUAGACUGACCCUGAUGAACUAGACUGACCCUGAUGAACUAGACUGACCCUGAUGAACUAGACUGACCCUGAUGAACUAGACUGACCCUGAUGAACUAGACUGACCCUGAUGAACUAGACCGACCCUGAUGAACUAGACCGACCCUGAUGAACUAGACCGACCCUGAUGGAUGGAUGUUGGCCUGCACGCUGUACUAGACCGACCCUGAUGAACUAGACUGACCCUGAUGAACUAGACUGACCCUGAUGAACUAGACUGACCCUGAUGAACAAUACUGACCCUGAUGAACUAGACUGACCCUGAUGAACUAGACCGACCCUGAUGAACUAGACUGACCCUGAUGAACUAGACUGACCCUGAUGAACUAGACUGACCCUGAUGAACUAGACUGACCCUGAUGAACUAGACUGACCCUGAUGAACUAGACUGACCCUGAUGAACUAGACUGACCCUGAUGAACUAGACUGACCCUGAUGAACUAGACUGACCCUGAUGAACUAGACCGACCCUGAUGGAUGGAUGUUGGCCUGCACGCUGUACUAGACCGACCCUGAUGUACUAGACCGACCCUGAUGAACUAGACUGACCCUGAUGAACUAGACCGACCCUGAUGAACUAGACUGACCCUGAUGAACUAGACUGACCCUGAUGAACUAGACUGACCCUGAUGGAUGGAUGUUGGCCUGCACUCUGUAAUAGACCAUGGCCACCUAACCAUCCCCAGCUACCAAUUGGCUCAUUCAUCCCCCUCCUCUCCCCUUUAACUAUUCCCCAGGUCAUUGCUGUAAAUGAGAAUGUUUUCUCGGUCAACUUACCUGGUAAAAUAAAAUAAAAAAUCAA